AUGCUCCUCGAACCCAUGUCAAUCAUAGACUGCACAGUCUUCUGCAUUUUGCUCGCGCCCCAACUCAUAUUACAGGCUGGCCUGUUCGACACGGUCGCUUGCGUAGUGAAUUGUCUCCCAUUCCUACUCUUCCAGCUACCUUACCAGUUCAUUCGUGACCAGGUGUUCGCCAAGAGCGCCGAUGUGUCCCCCUUCACCCGCCAGGCCCCGCUGUUUGAGGAUUUCGUCAUCCGUUGCGUCCGCUUCGCAUUUGCAAACAUUCCCGCGCGCAUUGGUCGUGUUUUUCUGUGCAAGGAAGUUUCGUUGCCCUUCCUGAGAUACCGCAUGUUCCGUCACGGGUAUCUCCGACCACCGGUACAUUGGCGCGAGCACAGAGGGAGAGGCUUCAACGGAAUCUGGAUUGCUGCAGACCCGACCAAGCGUCCAGACGUAGUCGUGUACUACAUGCACGGUGGUGGAUUUUCAAUGGGUUCUGGUAACUUUUACCUCGAAUUCCUGGUUGCAUGGCACGCUCUGCUGCGGGAGUCUGGCUUCCAAAAUCCAUCAAUAUUCAUCCUCGAAUACACACUGGUUCCCGAGGCUUGUUAUCCGACACAGCUAGAAGAAGCCAUCCGCGGAUACGAACACGUAGUGUCCAUGGCAGGACAAGCCUCCAAUGUGGUUGUGGCCGGAGAUUCCGCGGGCGGAGGCUUGUGCCUCAGCCUUAUGCUUUAUAUUGGCCGUCAGGACGCGUCAGAGAAGACUGACGCCCCAAACCAGACGGCAAAACCCCAGAAGCCAGGCAUGGCCGUUCUGAUAAGCCCCUGGGUGACACUGAUCACGGACGAAAACAAGAAUACGAGCAGUGACUUCCUCAACGCCGAGGCCCUGCAUACGUAUGGGCUUCAGUACAUUGCGGACGCCAACAUGCACGAUCCCCUUGUGUCCCCUGGGUGUUGCCAAGAUGCAGACUGGUGGCGACGGGCAAGUCCCUCAGAAGAGGUGUUUCUCAUUUAUGGAGAGGAGGAGGUUUUUGCCCCCGAUGCACGGAAAUUCAAAAAGAUGCUGCAGGAUUCUGGCAUCAAUGUAAGAAGCCACGAGGAACCUUCAGCUAUUCAUGCUUGGCCGGUGGUGUCGAUAUACCUUGGCGACAAAGAGAAGAGGCUGAAAGGAAUCAGGCUCAUUGUUGAUGAAAUCCGGGGACGGAUGUUGCAGGACAACAUCGUGAAAACAUGA